AUGACAUCUCCGCCUCGUAUGGACGAGUGCGCGGGCGUCUUGGAGAGCUUCCUGCACGACAUGGAGGCGCUCGACCAUCUGCAGCAGAUGCCGGACCAACGCAGGGCGCCAGAGCCCGCCUCCAAGCCCGCAAAGCGAGCUGCAGCUGGAUCCAAGAAGAGGCGCACGAAUCCGACGUGGCUCAAGCGCAAGCACGAGCUGCAGGCGCUGCAAGAGCACGCGGCGGCGAUGGAGACUCGCGUCCUGUACCUGCAGAUGAAACGUGCUUCAAGUAUGGACGAGAGUGCGGCGAGGACGGGGGCGUUGGUGGAGAAGAAGCGGCGGCAGGACGUGCAGCAGGAGAACGAGCGCCUUCGCGAGCACCUCAAGGUUUCUGUGGCGCAGGCAAAGGCGCUGCUGGCCGCUACUGAAGACAGUCGCCAACGGCAGUUGGUGUAUCCUAGUGUAUCGGCCACACAAGAGCAUCGGCUCCAGUUGACUAGCGAUUCGGACGUCUUCCAGCUGCUCCAGACACGAGUGGACGCGCGGUUCUACGAGCUGGAGGAGUCCUUCGCUCGCAUGGAGCAGCCCAUGACCUCAAUUGAUACCGACGUGGUCGAGACGUCUGUGCUGGGAUCUGUGGAGCUUGCGCGUCUCCAGCUGCUUCCGUUCCCGAACGCCGACAUGUUCUCUGCGUUCUGGACGAUCAUCGAGAGGGGCAGCUUCCCAGAUGGCGAAGACUCGGUCCUGACGCGACUGUCGAACGACGUGUACGGUGUCAAGUCCCGCGUGACCGUGCAGCUCGCUUCGGGAGGCACCAUCGACCUCUGCAGCUCCAGUGUGCUCAAGCGCUUCGCCACGUCGAAAGGAGUCGUCGUCAUGACGGAGUCGAAUUCGAAUUGGACAGCCGACCACCCGAACACAGGCAAAUGGAGCCACUCGACGCACGAAGGCGGCUGCUUCGCAAUGCGCGACUACCCGGUGGAAUGCGGCGCCUCCUCUGGUAUCUGUCAAGCCCGAUCGGUGCUCCGACUUCGACCCGUUCUUCCCGACUGUGAUCCGCUGGAAGCACCUCAAAGAGUGAAUGAAGUGGUGAUCCCGUCCUUCCGAGAGCUUGUAAACUCCCGCCACCAGUUUGUUGAGAACGCACUAUUCGAUAUCAUCCGCUCUCGGACGCAGAGCUCAUGA